UGUGUGGAUUCGUUUGAAAGUUUUCCCGCAAUUUGUUGUCUGCAAAAUCUUAAAGUUACUAUUUCAAGAUGGAGAAUUAUAUAAAAUUUAACAAAAUAGGUGAAGGAUCCUAUGGUAAAGUUUACAAAGGAUUGAAUAAGUUCAAUAAUGAAUUAGUCGCAAUAAAAAAAAUUCGAUUCCAUAAUGAUGAUGAAGGAUAUGCUAGUUUUGCACUCAGAGAAAUAUCACUACUUUUAGAGAUUAAACAUCCAAAUAUUGUCACCUUAGUUGACAUGGUCCCAAAAAUUAAUAAAUUAUAUUUAAUAUUUGAGUACAUGCUGAUAGACCUCAAGAAGUAUCUUAAGUUGCUACUAGAAGACGAAUUUAUUAGUCAAAGUUUGUUGCGUAGUUAUUUAUAUCAGAUAAGCAGUGCUGUAGACUACCUACAUCGAUCGCGCAUAAUGCAUCGCGAUAUAAAACCUCGCAAUAUGUUAAUUGACGAUAAAGGGGUUUUAAAAGUCGCAGAUCUUGGAAUGGCGCGAGUAUAUAAAAACACACCACAUAAAUACUCGCCCAAAAUUUCAACCUUGUACUACAAAGCACCAGAACUUUUAUUAGGACAAGAAACUUAUGAUUGUUCAGUGGAUAUUUGGGCGAUCGGGUGCACUUUUGCAGAAAUGGCAACCAAAAACGUUCUGUUUAAAGGUUCUUCACAUAUAAAUCAAAUACUGGUUAUAUUCAGAACAUUAGGUGCCCCCACUGAAGAUAUAUGGCCUGGAGUUACCACUCUUCCGCACUUUUUAUCAGAAUGGGAAGUUGAGUCAACAAUUGAACUUACCUCGUUAUCGGGUAAUAUAAACGACCAAGGAAUCGAUUUAAUUAAAAAAAUGAUUACUUAUAAUCCAGCUAGCCGCAUUUUAGCAAAAGAUAUUUUAAAACAUCAAUAUUUUGAUGGUUUUAAUCCUGAAGCCUUGUAUUAUUAUACUGAAUCAUAA